AUGACGACUCUUCCGCCGCUUCGCGGGGGAGCGCGAACGAGGCAUCGCGCAGAGCAGCAGCACGCGGCUGACUACUCGUCCACCGAUGCGUUCAUGCUCGCCACGCUCGCACCCGCGACGAGCCACGACGGCUCCUCGUCGCACGAUUUGUCGCACGCUUCCUCUGGUGCCUCGCGAACCUCGCAAACCAAACUGGACGGGGAAUGGCCGCCUCGAAAUCUCCGACCGCGAAACCCUAACGGCACAGCGCACGCGAAGGCAGAUUCUGGUAAAAAGGUCAAGAAAGGCGGCGUCAAGAAUGGGGACAAGGCGGAGGAAGAGAGUCAAGUGGGCUUAGAUGACAGGAGUACCGGUAGUGAAAGCGUCAGUAGCGUAUGCAGUUCAGGUAGCGCGAAGCCAGACGGUUUAGUCGCGCGCGUUAGGAAGAAUCUAGGAGACCUGCGUCCGUUUGACGAGUCAGUUAAUAACGCGGACGCUGGAGCCAGUUGGAAUGCGGACAGCGGAACGGGAACGGGGCAAUUGGGCAGAGAGAACGCGCAAGGAGGAGGCGGAGGAGGCGAAGGAGAGGGGACAGGUGGCGGAGAGCCGUCAGGCGGAGUGCCGUCCGCCAGAACAGCCCCUUCCACCCGCGCAGUUCCGCGGAGGAGGCGGACGGCGGGCGGGUGCAGCUUCGACAGCUCGUUCGACCCGGUGCUCUCCACCUCGCCCCCCGCGCCCAUGAGCGCCAGCGAUUGCGACGCCCCCAAGCCCAAGGGGCGCAGGGCAGCGGCGGCGGCGGCGCUCGCCGCCAACGCCUCGUUAGAAGCCCCUCCGAUACCCCGCACCGCCACCAACUCUUCCGCCGUCUCCAGCUGCUCCGCUGCUUCCGCCGCCUCCGCUCCCCCGGGCGCGCUGAAAGGGAUUCCGCCCGUGGGGGGAUCGCGGGGGCACAGCAGGAGCCGCUCGCACAGGUCCGGGCGGCUGCUGUCGCGCCUGGCGCACCGGCCUGGCGCAGAGCUCCCCGCAGACGCGGGCGCUGGCGCUGCUGCUGCUGCGCCCUCUAGCGCUGCCUCUGGUGCUGUGGAGGGGGAGAAGAGCGGCGGGGGAGGCAGGCAUGCGGAGGGACUGCCCAUGCUGCCCCCGCCUGACGCACCUCAGAUCGUGAAGUGUCAGAGCUGCAACAAGUCGCUGGCAGUGCCGCCCAGCCUGCCGCCGUCCGCCAAGGGCUAUCAGCGCCUGCGCUGCGGCAAGUGCCUGCAAAUCUCGAAAUACGCCCUCUACUCCCCCGCCACCGCCGCCGCUGCCACCUCUGCUGCUGGUGCUGCUGCUGACCUGGAAAGAAUGCAGAAGGGGGAACAGGAGGAGCGGGAGGGGAAGGAGGGGGAGGAAAACGGGGCGGAGUGUUAUGGGGCGGGAGGGGGAGAGGCGGGUGAGAGAAGUGGAGGGAAAGGGGAGGAAGGUCAGGAGGGACCCGGGGAACUAGUUGGCGGUGGGAAAGACGGCAAGGCAGGGGGGAAGCACCAACGGCGGGCGACAGUAGACUCGGCAGAAGUGCUGGGGGCGUGGGAGAGGGAGGCUGGGCAGGCCGGUGGCGCUGGCAAUAGCAGUGGGGGGCGUAGUGGAGGGGGUGCGGGCGAAGGUGUGGGAGCGGGUGCGGGAGGGGGUAGUGGGAUGCCCCCUCGCCCCAGCACGAGCAGUGGCGCGAGUCAGCUGGCGGUGGCGUCUGGGUUUGGGCCCUGGGAUGCUGCCACUGCCAUGCACGCUGCUGCUGCAGCCGCUGCCGCUGGUGGUGCUGGUGGUGCUGCUGGUGCUAGCAGUGUUGCUGGUGGUGGUGGUGCCUCUGCUGCACUCCCUAUACCGGGCUUACCCCCGUUGGCUGCGCAUCAGCUCGUGGGCAGCAGCCCCUCUGGCCCACCUCCUGGCAUGUUCCCACCAGGCGGAGUGGCAGAAUUCCUGAGGCAGCAGCAACUCGCAUGGCAGCAGCAGAUGGGGCAGCAGAUGGGGGCGGAUAUGAUGCUGCAGGCGCAACCCAUGGUGGCAGCAGGCAUGCUUCCGCCCAUGGCCCCGCAACAGUUUUCACUGCCCAUGCAGCAACCCGGCAUGCCGCAGCAAUUUCCACCUAACCCUGUGUCUGGUGCAGCAAUGCCCUAUGGCCUGGCGGGGCCGGGCAUGCCUGGCAUGCUGCUGCCGCCAGGGGGGAUGGCGCACGAGGGCAUGGGGCAAGCGGGCAUGGCGCAAGGGGGCAUGAUGCACGGGGGCAUGGUGCAAGGGGGGAUGGGGCAAGGGGGCAUGGGGCAAGGGGGCAUGGGGCAAGGGGGCAUUGGACAAGGGGGCAUGGGCGCAGGGAUGAAUGGUAUGGGCAUGGGCAUGGGCAUGGGCAUGGAGAUGGGGAUGGGGAUGGCAAUGGGGGGACCCAUGGGGGGAUCGGGGACAAUGGGACCGCUGGGCGAGGAGGGGGGCUACAGCCGGCGAGUGGUGGUGAACAGUGUGCCGAUCACCGACCCGGCUGUAGCGCGUGCAGAGGAGCUCGCUGGACCCAUCCACCCCGGGAGCUACUGGUACGAUGUGCAUGCUGGCUUCUGGGGAGUGAUGGGAGGGCCGUGCCUCGGGAUCAUCCCAGCGGGUAUCUGGGACCUAGCACUAGCUCCUCUGCUACGCCACUGCUCCAACGGGCACACACGCGUGCUGGUGAAUGGCAGGGAGCUGCAGCGGCGGGACCUAGACAUCCUCAUGCAGAGGGGCCUGCUCGACCACCCUGGCGCCGCCUACCUGCUGGAUAUUCACGGCAACCUUGCUGACGCCACCAAUGGGGAGCCGCUGCCCUGCCUCGGCAAACUUGCUCCCUCGUGA